CCCGCAUUUUUAUUUAUUUUUCGUGUAUAUUUUUCCUUUUUUCACUAUGUCUGAUCACGCGCCCGCUAUUAAUGCGUCGGAACAUUCCCUUGGACUCGUUUUACCUUCUUUUGACGUUUCUAACCCACGUGUUUGGUUCAUUCAAGUAGAAGCUGUUUUCCGUUUUCGUAAGAUCACAUCCCAGUCCACAAUGUUUUCAUAUGUGACUGCUCACCUACCGUCCAACAUCGCCUCAGAGGUCAUCGACAUCCUUGAUCCCAUGCCCCUAGAGUCCCCCUAUGAUAAACUUAAGGCAGCCAUAUUAAAGCGCACUACAGCCUCAGACGAGACACGCCUUCAGCAGUUACUCUCUGGCGUUGAGCUUGGAGAUAGAACGCCGUCUCAGUUACUCCGACACAUGCGUUCCCUCGUCGGUUCUUCAAUACUGGAUGACUCCGUUCUCCGCCAAUUGUGGAGUAAUUGUCUUCCUGCGAAUACCACGGCUAUUUUAGCUGUUCUCGCCGACGAUCUUCCGCUAGACAAACUGGCAGAAGCUGCUGAUAAAGUUCACGAACGCUUCAUUAAAACGUCGGUAUCACACGUCACUGAGACUAGCUCAGGCAACCUCUCUGGAACCACGCUACUUGAUACAAUCAACGAGAGACUUUCUAACCUAGAGCUCACCUUGUCCCACCUCAGACGCGACCGCGUUCCCUCGCGACGAUCCGUUUCUCGAUCCAGACGUUCUAGCAGCUCUCGUACACGACAGUCUCACCGCUAUUGUUAUUAUCACCACCGCUUCGGAGACGCAGCGCGUAAGUGCCGUCCAGGGUGUAAACACCCUAAAGCCUUUUCAACUCCUACGUCGGGAAACCACAUGGCCAGCCAGUAAUGGCGGCGGCUGUCGCUGGCCAGGUUAUUAGUCGCCUGUUGUACGUAUUUGACUCCACAACCAAACUUCACUUCUUGGUUGAUACUGGUGCAGAAGUCAGCGUUCUCCCCCGUUCUCUGGAAAAACGCCCCCUGCAACCAGCUGGUCCAAUGCUUACGGCAGCUAAUCAGACUAAAAUCGCAACCUACGGCCAGAAAUUACUUACUUUGAGUCUCGGACUACGGCGUAACUUCCCUUUCAUUUUUACCAUCGCCGAUGUGCAAAAGCCCAUCAUCGGAAUCGACUUUCUCAGCAAGUUCGGUCUUGUGGUCGACCUACGUUGUGGGAAAUUACGAGACGAUACUACGUCUUUAAGCAUCCCCUGCAAACUUGCUUCAGUCAAUUCUCUCGGGCUUCGCAUCCUCAUACCUGACGACUCACAGUACUGCUCAUUGCUCCGACAAUUCCCGUCCCUAAUUCGAGCGAGUAACGAUACUUCCCACCCUAAACACGAUGUACGCCAUCACAUCGUUACAACCGGUCCGCCAGUAACUGCUAAAGCUCGACGCUUGCGCCCUGACAAACUUCAGGCAGCUAAAAAGGAAUUCCAACACAUGCUUGAUCUCGGCAUUGUUCGUCCUUCAAACAGCUGCUGGGCAUCACCUCUCCAUCUGGUGUCAAAAAGUCAGGCGAUUGGCGACCAUGCGGUGACUACCGUGCUCUCAACAAUGUCACUGUUCCGGAUAGGUAUCCUAUCCCCCAUAUCCACGAUUUCUCACUUGGACUAGCCGGAAAGUCGAUCUUUACCAAACUCGACCUAGUCAGAGCUUACCACCAGAUUCCAAUGGCGGAGGAAGACAUCGCAAAAACCGCUGUGAUCACUCCAUUUGGCCUUUACGAAUUUCUUCGUAUGCCUUUCGGCCUCCGGAACGCAGCACAGUCUUUCCAACGCUUUAUGGAUCAGGUCCUCCGUGGCCUUGAUUUCGUCUAUGUUUACAUUGACGAUGUUUUGAUCGCAAGUGCCACACCCGACGAGCAUUUAUCACACCUCCGAAUGGUUUUCGAACGCUUUGAAAGCCACGGUAUAACCAUCAACCCGGACAAAUGCAAAUUUGGUCAGCCAACGGUCGAAUUUCUCGGUCACAAGAUCGAUGGUGAAGGUAUUAAACCCCUCCCGGAUAAAUCUCAAGCGAUCCUCGACUAUCCGAUGCCCCAAUCUGUCCGAAGCCUACGCCGAUUUCUCGGUAUGAUCAACUACUACGGCAGAUUCAUCCCCAACUGUGCUGAGUUACUUCAUCCGCUUACCGACUUAUUGAAAGGAAACUCAAAGACGUUAACCAUAACCCCAGAAGUUGAAGCCGCUUUCACGGCCGUCAAGCAGAAGUUUAGUGAGGUUACCUCUCUCCAUCACUUGAACACCACUGAGGACGCUACACUUGUCCUUAAGACGGAUGCUUCAAGUUCCGCUGUCGGUGCAGUUUUGCAACAGUUAGUUGAUAACGAAUUUCAACCGCUGUCGUUUUUCUCACGGAAGCUACAACCUGCUCAGGUCAGGUACAGCACCUUUGGUCGUGAACUGCUCGCCAUGUAUUUGGCUGUGAAACAUUUCCGUCACCUAUUAGAAGGACGUCGUUUCAUACUCUUGACAGAUCACAAGCCACUGGUGUACGCUUUCCGUUCUGCCUCGGACCGUUACUCACCCCGAGAAACGCGUCAUCUGGACUAUCUUUCGCAGUUUUGUGUUGAUGUUCGUUAUAUCGACGGUUCUAACAACGCUGUUGCUGAUGCAUUGUCCCGCGCUCAUAUGAAUCAGUUGUCGUCAACACCCAUCGACUUGGAGAGAAUAGCGGCCGCUCAAAAUGAUGAUCCUGAGCUUGUCCAACUUCGUUCAAACCCCUCAUUGAAGCUCACACAACUGCCCGUACUUAACUCUGACAUAAGAGUUUACUGUGACCUUUCAACCGGUAAGCCUAGACCCUUUGUCCCACGAUCAUUUCGUCGAACCAUUUUUGAUCAUUUUCAUGGUCUUUCACACCCAAGUAUCCGCUCCACCGUAAAGCUCAUUACCGACCGCUUCCUCUGGCACAAUAUGCGUUCAGACAUUAGACAUUGGGCUAAACAUUGUCUUAGGUGCCAAAGCAGUAAAGUUCACCGUCACACAGUCACUACUCCAGGUACAUUUUCACUUCCUGACGCACGUUUUAGACACGUUCACGUAGAUAUUGUUGGCCCUUUACCUCCUUCCAACGGUUUCACCCAUCUUCUAACAUGUGUUGACCGUUUUACCCGUUGGCCACAAGCUGUUCCCUUACGUGACACAUCUACCGAAUCUGUUUCCCGUGCUUUUGUCGAAUCUUGGAUUUCUCUUUUUGGUGUUCCAUCCACCAUCACUACCGACAGAGGCACUCAGUUCAGUUCCACACUGUUCCGUGAUCUCAGUCGUUUAUUAGGCUGUACUCACCUAAGAACAACCGCGUACCACCCCGCUGCCAAUGGCCUCGUCGAGCGCUUUCAUCGACAAUUAAAAGCUGCCAUCAUGGCUAGUUCAUCCGACUCACGCUGGUCUGAGCGUCUACCUGCGAUCCUUCCUUGGUAUACGCAAUACAAUCAAAGAGGACAUUGGGUGCUGCCCGGCAGAACUCGUGUUCGGGACGACCCUCAGACUACCUGGUGAGAUGGUACUGGACUCUCGCACCACCGGCGAACUAGACCCC